GUCUUGUUCAAGUCAUUGUUAAAUUCCGUCUUAAUUUACUUGAAAAUGUCUAAGGCGGUUAUCAAUGUCCAGCCAUGGCUCAAAUUCAUGGCGACUACAACAGGUCGCGAUAAACUUUAUAGGACAGUCCAGUAUUUUUCACGCUUCUUUGCAUGGUACCUUCUGCGACAUGGGACUUCAAAGGAAACAGUUGCUCGCUUCAACAACCUUAAAAAGACGCUCGCCCAGGCACGCAAAUUGAUGCGCAUUGGCAAGCCCAUUGAACAUGUAGAAGCAGCAGUGGCGGCUACAAAUAUCGAGGAUGAAACUACCCGGUUAUUGACCGUUGGGAAACAGCUGUCAUAUGCGGGCUAUCUCACAUACGAUGCCUUUAUCUUUUUGGAUGGCGCUGGUGCAUACAAGUUUCAGAAUAUUGAGCGAUGCAACGAGUUGGCCAAUAAAUUUUGGUUAUCAGGUAUUGUAUUCAGCUUUAUGACGGGUUUGUACAAGACGCGCCAGAUCCAGAUCUGUCGUAAGGCAGCCUCUCGUAGUUUGAAUCACCAAGGGGAAACUGAAAAAACACACGCGCAUUCAGAUCUUAAGGCAUUGACCAAAGAGCAACAAUCCGUCAACAAACAGCUACUACAAGAUGCGUUGGACAUGCUUAUUCCAGCAUCAAGUCUAGCAUAUGUGAACCUUGAUGACGGUGUUGUGGGCCUUAUUGGAACAGUAACUUCAAUCAUGGGCGCGCAGACGCAAUGGACCAAGGUCAACAAGGCAUAAACGCGCCAAGAAGUAACAGCGGUUUUAUAGAGGCGAAGCAAUUGUGCUUUUCUCUAGUCAGGGAACUAACUUUUGAACUGUAUUUGUAGUGGCGCGAAGAGUUUCAGUUGGUUGAAGAUAGUGAGCCCAGAGCGGAACAUCUGGUUGUUAGGGGAAUAGGCCUUGUACAAGCUGAGGCCUAAUAUCUAGAAAGAUACUAGCAGCGGAGACCUAAACAGUAAGGGCAUUUAGAAACACUUCACCAACAUCAUCGUCUGAAGAGCUAUAUAAGAGCUUGGCAAUCUCCUCUGCUAAUAAAAUUUAAAAGUAGAGGACGGCCUGAGUAAAAUUGUAGAGG